CAAUCGCGGCCAAGGCACAAUCGGCUUUAUAGGGUAUAUGUUUGUGCAAGAAGAUCUAGCUACGUCAACUCUUUUACGCGCCGACCGUAAAUGAACACUCAGCAGCUUCGUGGCCUGGGCCGGGCACCCACCACAGGAUGCCCUCGCCGCUCCCUAGUGAUUCGCAAUGUUGCUGAGCUUACCCGGCCAACAGUUGCGGCCCCUGCUGCCAGGCCACGGGUUGGCGUGCCAGAGGGCACUCCGGUUGUGCCACCACAGGACCUGCCCUCGCGCCCACGCCGCAACCGUCGCAGCGAGACUUUCCGUUCCGCAAUUCGUGAGAACAUUGUCUCCCCCGCCAACUUCAUCCUGCCGAUCUUCGUGCACGAGGAGGGCAGCACCAACAUCCCAAUUGCCUCCAUGCCCGGCAUUUUCCGCCUUGCUUUCGGCAAGAACGUGAUUGACUAUGUCGCCGAGGCUCGCUCUUACGGUGUGAACCAAGUCGUUAUCUUCCCCAAGACCCCCGACCACCUGAAGACGACCACCGCGGAGGAGGCCUUCAACCGCAACGGCCUCUCGCAACGCACCAUCCGCCUGCUGAAGGACACCUUCCCGGACCUGGAGGUGUACACCGACGUGGCGCUGGACCCGUACAACUCGGAUGGCCACGACGGCAUUGUGUCGGAUGCGGGUGUCAUCCUGAACGAUGAAACCAUCGAGUACCUGUGCCGCCAGGCCGUCAGCCAGGCCGAGGCGGGUGCCGACGUGGUGUCCCCCAGUGACAUGAUGGACGGCCGAGUGGGCGCCAUCCGCCGCGCGCUAGACCGCGAGGGCUUCACCAACGUGUCCAUCAUGUCGUACACCGCAAAGUACGCAUCCGCCUACUACGGACCCUUCCGGGACGCGCUGGCGUCGGCGCCCAAGCCGGGGCAGGCGCACAGGCGCAUCCCCCCCAACAAGAAGACCUACCAGAUGGACCCCGCCAACUACCGCGAGGCGGUCCGCGAGGCGCGCGCCGACGAGGCGGAGGGCGCGGACAUCAUGAUGGUGAAGCCCGGCAUGCCGUACCUGGACGUGGUGCGGCUGCUGCGGGAGACCAGCCCGCUGCCCGUGGCGGUGUACCACGUGUCGGGAGAGUACGCCAUGCUCAAGGCCGCUGCCGAGCGCGGGUGGCUGAACGAGAAGGACGCGGUGCUGGAGGCCAUGACGUGCUUCCGACGGGCGGGCGCCGACCUCAUCCUCACCUACUACGGCAUUGAGGCGUCCAAGUGGCUGGCAGGGGAGAAGUAGAGCAGGGGAGAAGUAGAGCGCGGCGUGGCUUGGGGCUUGAUGGAGGAGUGUAACUGUUGCGGGAUGGAUGGGAGGUCUUGAUUUUGGGAAUAAGGAGUUGUGACGUUUGUUUCUGUUACAUGUGUUGGAAGGGCGAUGCUUCGACAGCCUGACACAUAAUCACAUCACAGGGUGGCUGUUGUGUCCUACUUGGGCGGUGCUUCCACCGCCCACAAUUUUGAUACGUUGACUGACGUCGUUGACCGCGGGAUGGCGACUGUAGAGGGAGGUGAGAAGAAAUAUUUACUUGUUUUCUGGCGGGGCGCUGUGGUCCCAGCUUGCGGCGCAGGAUAGCGUGAUGGUGCAUGGGAAGCUCCGACUUCCAAUAUGUGCGGGGGAUCCUAUCAGAGAGUUCGGCCUCUGCCACCCAUGUCAAUGUUAUUCAUGGGGGAGCAAUGCUUGGUGUCCUAGACGCCGUGUGCAAGCUAGGCUUGGGUGAAAAGCUACCAUGAGGUCAGGAACUCGGGAUUCCCCCAAACUCGUGCAUUCCCCAAAACCUAUACGGCUACAAUAAGGUCCUAUCCGGACUGGAGACGGGAAUUGGUGGCAACCAUCAAGAAGGCAAAGACCGGCAGACUCUUUGGCAGAGAACUGUCCCGCGGUACUAGACAAAGGGCGGAUGAAUGUGUGUUUUACGGCUUUAAGACGCGGAACACCGGGAG